CAAGGAGUGUCAGAUAUCACAGAGUUUUCUUCAGAAUCAGGUGACACAUUGAAAUUCUGUUGUGAUUAUUCAUAAUCGAAACCUUCUGGCUGGAUUAAGAAAAAGACGCUGAAGUCCGAAACUCUUGAAGAUAGGAGGAACUCCUUUUGAAUAACAGAGAAAUGGAUGCGGGGCCAUUUAGCAAGAGACAGUGGGCGACACAGUCCUUACGGAUCACAGCCAAAGAGCUCUCACUGGUUGGGGGUCGUGGCAAGAACAAUGCCAUCACUGAGCGCCUUUCCAAAUAUCAGAAAGCCGCCGAGGAGGCGAGCGCAGACAAGAAAAAAUCGUCUGUUGACAGUUUGUCCGUGCGAUCGGGAAACCUGAGUGUGCUGAAGAAACGCUGGGAACGACCGGCUCCGGAGAAAUCUGCUCUUCAGCUGAGCGUGGCUCCUUCUGUUUCCCGCAAACCCAGCAUUCGACCAGAACCACCUGCUUCCUCCAGCAAACCCGUGCGACAGCCCAGCCUGAGCCAGGAGCCGACGUCCCAUGAGAGACCUGCCCAAACAAAGGCAGACAUGGAGACUAAACAAAAGAAGAGGGUAGAAGAGAAGGAAGAAAACGAGUCUGCAUCCGAUCCAUUUUCUCCAUCUUCCCCUUUGGAGAAACCAGUCUUGCCUCUCAAUAACCGCAAAAUGAUGUUUGAAAAGGGCAAAAGCAAGGAGCAAACAGAAGUGAACAGCACCUCAGAGGACAUGGACACACAAAUGGCCAACAAAGGUACUUCCAGUCUGAAGCGCAGCGCCUCUGUCAGGGACCGCAUGGCGAAAUAUCAGCUAGCGGUCAACAGACAGGCUCCUGUUACUGUGCCACGCUCUGCAAAGCAGUCGGAAAGCGAGGACAGCGUUCCCGUCGUGGAUCAUAAGGAGAUCUCGCCUCCUGCUGGUGAUGGACAGACAGUGAAAACACUCCCUCCAUCAAAUUGUGCGAAGACCAAUGGAGAGCAUGUACACACAGCGAGCACUGCACACCCUGCGUCAGAGAGCAAGGACCCUCCUAAAGUGCUCAGGAAAUUUAAUCCACCUGUCCAGGAAAGAUGUGUGUGCUGCCAGCAGACGGUUUAUCCGGUGGAAAAACUUAUUGCCAACCAGCAGAUUUACCAUAAGACUUGCUUCCGCUGUGCCUUCUGUAAUACCAAACUCAGCUUGCUGUCUUACGCUUCCCUGCAUGGCAGCAUCUACUGCAAACCUCACUUCAGUCAGCUUUUCAAGUCUAAGGGCAACUAUGAUGAGGGCUUUGGCCACCGACCGCAUAAGGAAAUGUGGACACCACGAACAAACGACGAGGGACCCGAGGGGAGUGAAAACUCAAAGCCCUCCGUGGCAGAGCCUGUGAAGCCUACAGUACAACCAAAGCCCAAAGCGGAGGAGUCACGACCAGCCAAAUACACUGACGUGACUGCAGCUCAAGAGACCAGGAGUCAUGUGACCAGCUCCACGGAAAAACCACACACCACCUCUGUGGAAACCAGAAAACUGAGAGUCGCGUGGCCACCUCCUGCAGACAGUGAUGGAAGCGCCAAAGUCUCCAGUCCAGUCGCUGAAGGCGGGAAGAGCCCAACCAAGCUUUUCCGAGCAAAGUGGCCUCCGGAGGAAGAAGCUCCACCUGCUCAGAAGAGCUCAGAAAGAGCCGAACUGAGAAGCCUGAGGCGAAGCUCGUCUCUCAGAGAGCGCAGCCGGCCCUUUUCUGUGGCUCCAAGCCUGACAUUAACCAAUAAUCCACAGCAAGAGGUUCCUUCAGUCAGACGAGGCUCGCUGGAGGAGCUUCGCUCGCUGUCAAAGGCGAAAACAGACAAAACUGAAGUCAAAAUCCCAGAUAAAGAGGCGAAAAUCCCAGACAAAGAGGCGAAAAUCCCAGAUAGAGAGGCGAAAAUCCCAGAUAGAGAGGCGAAAAUCCCAGAUAGAGAGGCGAAAAUCCCAGAUAAAAAGACAAAGGACACUGACAGCCAAUUCAAAGAGGAUGCGGAGAGUCCUGUCAAGAUGGAGAGUAAGGAGAAGAUGCCCUCUUCCAUUCUCAAAGUGACACAACCAACCAAAAAAGAGGCUGGUCCCAAACAAACAAAUGAGGAGUCUCAGCCAAAACAAACAAAAAAAGAGCCAGAGGAAAUUCAGCCAAAACAAACUGAUCUACAACAAAGAAAUAAGGAGUCUCAGCCAAAAGUAACAAAAACAGAGCCCGAGCUACAACAGCAGAGGGGUUCGAAAGCUCGUGAGGAGAAACUGAUGAAAACCUCCAAGACUUUUCCUGAGCUCCAGGACACAUCCGCUCCACCCGUGGAAGAAAAAGCCCAUCGGAAGUCCCAGGACGUGGGCUUCUGGGACGGGGAGGAGGCCGAGGAGGCCCUGACCGUGGAGGAAAUGAUCAAGAGGAAUCGCUACUAUGAAGAUGAAGAUGAUGACGAUGAGGAGGAAGUGGCAAUAGUUUGACAAUAUAUGUCAUUAAUCCCUUCCAACUUUUAUUUAGUCUGAAAAUAUAAAUGGUAGAGAUCAGAAAAACCAACAUAAUAAAAAAAUACUUUAUUAUAACCAAGUAAGUGUGUAUAUAUAUAUAUAUAUAUAUAUAUAUAUAUAUAUAUAUAUAUAUAUAUAUAUAUACUGUAUGUGUGUGUGUGUGUGUGUGGUACUGUACAUCUUUUUCUCUGGACCUCUUUCAUAUAAGAGCUUGAAAGUAUUUUUUUUCCUUGCCAUUUAUGUUUUAUUUUGAUUGCUGUAUAAAAAUGACUUGUUUACGAAAAAGUUUUUAAAAAUCACUAUUAUUGUUUCUUAAUCUAAGAAUAUGUUGUGUUGAUCCCAGUUAAUUAACAAAUCUAAAGAAUCAUAAUAUUCUUAGCCUUUGACAGUUAAUCAGAAAGCCAAACACAUUUUGAUUAGUCUUCUAGCCCAUAUUUCAAAGCAUUUUCCACUGUUUUCAAGAUUAUUGGACAAUUACACAAUAAACAUUACCAAAACAUUACCAAA